AAAUCGUAGAACUCCGAAGAGAACAAAAUGAUAAAGGAUUAAAUAUUUUACAGAAAAUUCAGCAUAAAGUAACAGCCGUCAACCUGACUUUCGUAGAAUCAUCAGGACCCGUCAAUGAUGCACAAGUUCCAUUGUUUUCACGGACAGUAGCAGUACAUAGCUUUGGCGCUCAAGGUUCAGCCUCGGCAAACCAGGCAAAUAUAGAAGUCUUUCACCGUCGCAGGAUUAACCGCGGCCCUCAAAUGGCGAGGGGAUUCUGCUGCUUAACAGCGGCUGGGCAAGGACCUGGAGGUUGGAAUUCACAUUAAUGUCACUAACUGCAACCAACUUAUUAUUAAAUUAAAAAGGAAACCAAGACACCAUUCUAGACAUACUCACAAAUCUUCAUCACAGCCAAGAUCAAAUCCAUUUGGAACAGCUAUCUAAAGCAGGAAUUAUGUACCUGGGACCUGGUUGCUUAUUAAGGGGUAAAGAUUUCAUUCUCUACGCUCAAGGAAAAUUAAAAGACAAAUUAAACAUGAAAAACAAUGUUCUUGUACCAAACCUGGAUCAGUUGAACUACUUAUUCAAUAGUUCCAUGCAGUUUGACAACCUUCCUAAUGCGACCGACUCCAAUGAGCUAAAAGAAGAGCUAAACAAACUUCACAAACGCAUAGAAGAGAUGAAGAACAGCCAAGCAGAUUUAGGAACGGCCCUAUCUCCUCACGAUAUUCACCUGUACUCCGUGAGCUACAUCCUAGUGGGCGCGGGCGUUCUAGCCGCAGGCGCCUUGUGGUGCCGUCGCUGGCAGCGAUUGCGAGUACGCACCGCUCGCAUCAGUCCGGAUAUCGAACUCUCACCUACCUCGAGCCACAACAAGAACAGUGCGCGAGUGCAAAGCAAGGCUGACGAACAGCCUAGUGUUACCAUAGUCAGUGAAAGUUCGGUUCCAAACAUAACAAGUGUCCGAGACAAUAGCGAUCGCGUAAAAUGGCCAACGAUUAAUUAUGGGUCAAAGGAACAUGUGUACGCGAAAAUAAAUAAACAAGUAAUGUUAAACAAAUCAUGCUCGCCUAUAACAAGACAACGAUUUUAAUCAAGAUUUUUUGUAUUAUAUUCCAAAUGUCAUGUUAUUAUUAGCUUUAAGUUUUUUCUUUUCUUAUAUUUUAUCUUUAUCUUUUCGGCGCCCGGAAUAUGUUCGGUGUAAUACGGCCGAACAUCUUAGUAAGCUAUAACGCCACACUGCACGCUUAUUUAAAGUUGCAGUUGAACAGUAGUAACAGUCGUGCAACAACCCGGUUACGCGGAAGUUGGCUCUGGUCCUCGCGACCGUAACAUUUAACAUUUACAUUUAGUAAUUAAAACAUUAACAUAUAACAAUAACAUUUAGAGCAUUGAACAUUUGUACAACCUAGAACAUUUAUAAAUGAUUGUGAAUUAAAGUGAGUUCCAGAAAAUCCAGACUUAUCAUUGGUGAACAACUACUGCAAAUCAGCUCUGUGCCCCCACAUUUUUUUUUGGUCCUUCGAGCCGGAUUUCACGUGGUGUGUGACCUCAUACACCAUUGAAGCGAGCUAUUGAACUGAACAGUCAACUAACGAUUUGUGUUAGCGAAGUGUGAGGUGCGCAGUACUAACAACUGGUGAGCAACAGCAGUAGAGUCGGGGAGCAACACUCACGCAAGUAAUAUUUUUCCUUGUAAACAAUUUAAACAAGCAACAUUAUGGAAGACAUUGUGGACAUCCAGACCUUGAUCCAUGAAAACAUUGUAAAACUUGGCAUUAACAUUAAGAAAGAUAGCGCCGAUAGAAAAACAUUAGAUUACUUCAGGAGACGAUUGGCUACUCUGGACGAAUACUGGAAGGAGUAUGAAUACAAUUAUGAUCGUAUUCGCAUGGAGGUAAGUCAAACUCACCCUUACUUUGUACAACGGGAGUUCGAAAAAGCAAUGAAGGCGUACGAAGAAGUGAAAUCCCUAAUCAACCAACAACAUCAGAAGUUGUUAGCUAGAGCAAGCAACCAGGUAACCAAUGAACAAUCAAAAACUUCCGAUGAUGAGCCGAGACCCGAGGAUAUCAGCGUAGAAGCAGGACCUAGUAGUCCUAGACCGCAGGUGAAGACCACUGGUACAAACAGUAAAAUAGACGAUUUACUGAGGCGCCAAUACGCGAAUUUUAAGGCGUUUUUGCGAACCACAUCAAACAUCGACGUGGAAGCUAUUACGGAAAAAUGGGAAUUUAAAGAUGCGUUAAAGACUUUGCAGUCAAGAUGGUUAGCAAUAGAUUAUUUGCAUUGGGAAAUUGAAAGCGAGUUGUGUGGAGAUAAUGAAACAUACAGUAUGAUGUUUGACAGAUACGAAAAACAAUUUUACAACUUAAAGAAAGAAAUCAACACAGGUAUGUGGUCUGUCGCCCACAGAGAUAACACCACCCCUCAGCUUGACAUUCCGGUAUUUAGUGGGAACUACGACAAGUGGGUAUCGUUUCGAGAUUUGUUCACCGAAGCGAUUCAUAAAAAUCCAUCCAUGUCAAAAGCCCAAAAAAUGCAACAUUUAAAAAGUAAGGUGCGAAGAGAAGCUGAGAGACUUAUACAACAUGUGCAAAUCAGUUCUGAUAAUUACCUGGUGAGUUGGGAAUUCUUGACUAAUCGUUAUGACAAUAAAUACCGCAUAUUUUCGUCCUACAUGAACAUUAUGUUGAAUAUUCCUAAUAAACAACACAAGUCACUAUUUCACAUCAAAACAAUGCAUGAUACUACGCGGGAAGCGCUAUAUGGAAUAAGAAAUCUUGGAGUUGACAUAACAUCCUGGGAUCCGAUGAUAGUCCAUAUUUUUUUUAUUUUUUUUUUAUUGCCUUUGUAGGCAGACGGGCAUACGGCCCACCUGAUGGUGAGUGGUUACCGUCGCCCAUGGACUUCAGCAAUGCCAGGGGCAGAGCCAAGCCGCUGCCUACCGCAAAAGGUUUAGGCCAGAGAUUAGAUUCAGAAACAUAUGAUGAUUACCUCAAUACCUUAAAAAACUCUAAAGACCUUCCAGUUCUAAACGAAUUUCUAAACUUCUUAGAAAGGAAGUUUACAACCCUAGAAACAGCCCUGAAGAAGUCAGACAACGGGCUACCGAAACAUAAUAUUUUCCAAGCUGGACACCAUCAACAAUCAACUUCAGGUCUCCAGAAACAUAAUUAUAAUGCGUAUAACAAAUCUAGAAAUUAUAACUUGAACGAUAACAGGCCAAUUGCGAAAACAAUGCACGCGUCGAAUUUUAAUUGUCCGCUUUGCAAUAAUCAACAUGGCCUAUAACUAGUCAGGUCAUAAGUACUGUCACACAGUAAAAACUUUUCUUUUAGAAUGCUGGCCACAAAAAAGUUUAUUGAAUUCGAAUUACGAAUUGUUCAUAAAAAUAAAAAUGUAUACUUUUAGAAUUUUACUCAUUUUUAAAUAUGGAGUGGACGCUUAAAGAAGAGCGUGUUGCAGUUAUUGCGUUGCAUCGUUGCGGUUACGCGCCAAUUCAAAUUUUUAACAUACUGAAAAAUUUGAAUAAUACCAAAAGAUUCGUUUAUCGUACCAUCAAACGAUACAAUGAAGACUCUAGUGUAGAUGACAGGUCAAGAAGUGGUCGCCCUCGGUCUGUUAGGACUCCAGCAGUGAUAAAAGCUGUGAAGGCGCGAAUUCAAAGAAAUCCCAAACGUAAGCAGAAACUGUUGGCCCUUCAGAUGGGGUUAAGCAGAACGACGGUGAAAAGGGUGUUAAAUGAAGACUUAGGGCUUCGGGCAUAUCGAAGAAAAACAGGACAUCGUUUGAAUGCUCGUCUAAGGGACCUGAGACUGAAGAGAUGCCGCGCUUUGUUGAAGCGGUACGCGGGAAAAAAAUAUCGGGAAAUUCUUUUUUCGGAUGAAAAAAUUUUUACCGUAGAAGAGAGCUACAACAAACAAAAUGAUAAGGUGUACGCACACAGUAGUGAAGAAGCGAGCAACCGUAUUCCGCGUGUCCAACGAGGUCAUUUUCCAUCCUCGCUCAUGGUAUGGUUGGGAGUUUCUUAUUGGGGCUUAACAGAGAUACAUUUUUGUGAGAAAGGUGUAAAAACGAAUGCAGUUGUGUAUCAAAAUACAGUCCUGACGAACCUUGUGGAACCUGUUUCUCAUACCAUGUUCAAUAACAGGCACUGGGUAUUCCAACAAGAUUCGGCGCCAGCUCAUAGAGCGAAGAGCACACAAGACUGGCUGGCGGCGCGUGAAAUCGACUUCAUCCGGCACGAAGACUGGCCCUCCUCCAGUCCAGAUUUGAAUCCGUUAGAUUACAAGAUAUGGCAACACUUGGAGGAAAAGGCGUGCUCAAAGCCUCAUCCCAAUUUGGAGUCACUCAAGACAUCCUUGAUUAAGGCAGCCGCCGAUAUUGACAUGGACCUCGUUCGUGCUGCGAUAGGCGACUGGCCGCGCAGAUUGAAGGCCUGUAUUCAAAAUCACGGAGGUCAUUUUGAAUAAACUUUAGUGUCAUAAGAAUCUAUGUUUUGUUAAGUUCAUUUUGGUAUAUGAAUGGUUACAUAAUGAAUAAACUUGUUUCAAUUAUUUUACAUUAAACAUGUGACAGAAUUUAUGACCUGACUAGGUAUAAUUGCAAAAGGAUUUUAACCUUAGCUGACGAUCAAAAAUUAAAAACAGUAAAUAAAUUGAAACUUUGCACGAAUUGUUUAUUUAGUCAUGAUGGAAACAAAUGUACAUCCUCCAAAACAUGUCGAAAGUGCUUAGCGGCACAUAAUACGAUACUUCAUGACGCAUUUACAAAAUGUACAAAUUUAACUAAAUCUACUCAAUUAAACAUUAAUAACUGCAAUCGAACUACUCAGUAACAAGGAAGGUGCAAUGAACUCUUAGCUGGUACAUCGCACGUUUCGCAAGAAAGCAAUUCGGAUAUAUUACUAGCUACAGCUUUGGUAAAAGUAAAGGCUUCGGAUGGGUCAUAUUAUAAUUUGCGUGCUUUGGUGGACCAAGGUUCACAAAUAUCACUUAUUAGCGAAAAAGCGGCCCAAUUGCUAAACAUAAAAAGACAAAGGUGUAAGGGUGUCAUUUUCGGAGUGGGUUACAAGGAGAAUAACUGUAAAGGGGUCAUUACUAUUAAAUGUAACUCAAUGUACAGUAAUUUUCAUUUCGAAUCAGAAGUUUUUAUCAUGAAAGACUUAAUUAAAUGCCUACCUAACAAAUGUUUUCCGAAACCCUCAUGGUCAUUUAUAAAUACCACAUAGCUGGCUGAUCCAGAGUUUUACACUAGCCGACCCGUGGACUUGCUACUCGGCGCCGAUGUUUACGCGAAUAUCGUUUUGAAUGGAAUGAUUAAAACGGAUAAUGUUUAUGAUCCCUUAGUUCAACAAACACAAUUGGGAUGGUUGUUAUGCGGUAACGUGAAGACAUACCAUUGUAACGUAAUCCUAAAUAACAUCGAUGAAAUUCAGAGAUUUUGGCAAGUGGAAGAAAUUAGUGAAUCAAGCAGUAUGUCAGUAGAGGAUCAAGAAUGCAUUCAACUGUAUAACGAAACAACAAAACGGAAAGAAGACGGACGCUAUGAAGUCAGAAUACCAUUAAAAAACGACGUAAAACACAAAUUAGGAUUGUCCAAACCGAUGGCAAUUGCUCAAUUAAAAAAUUUGACGCAACGAUUUAAAAAACGAGAACAACUGGCACAAAAAUACAGAACUUUUAUGAAGGAAUAUUUAGAGCUACAACAUAUGAAACCCGAAGACACGAACAGUCAUAUAUCUAUUGAGUGCUACCUACCCCAUCACGGCGUGCAGCGAGAUAACUCGUCAACUAGCAAAUAUAGGGUGGUAUUUAAUGCGUCUGCAAAAAUGUCAACAAAACUCAGUCUCAAUGACAUAAUGCAUAAUCCUUUCGCGUGCUAAGCGUCCGAUCCAUAGACACACCGUUAUUUUGCCUGCGUGUUGACCGCCCGUGCCACGGACGGCGCGUCGUCCGGAUUUCAGACUUUUAACAGAUAAUCAUAAAAUUAUAGUUUACUCUUUCUAAUACAUUUAAACUGUAACCAAUGAAUUUACCUUCUCUCUCACACAAUAUUUACGACAAAAUAGCUGAAGGGGGCUGUGUGAAUCAGUGUGUAAUACGACUUCAGCGCGGACGCACGUAUAUAUAAAGUAACGAAGAAACAAAGUGAGGUGAUUUUUUUUAAUUAAUAAUAAUGGAAUCGUGAGUAUUUAUUCAUUAUAUUUUACUAACAUGAAGUGAAUGUUAUUUGCAUUUUAUGACAAAAAAACGUCUUUGAAGUAACGGCCUCGUCAUUUUUUGAACCUAACGGUCAUCUUUAGUUGGUCGUUUUUAAUAGAAAAAUUAAUAAUAUCCAAACGAUUUUUUGUAAUGAGAUCAAUAUUAUAAUGAACUUAACUAAAAGUAUUACAAAGGACGUGUAUUUUAGUCACAAAUGUAAAAAUUUCGACUUCAAAGAUGUGAACACACAUAGGCGUCCAUACUACUUACUCAUAACACGCCGGGUUUUAUGUAAAAAAAUGACAGAAGCUCAAUUAUUAAAAAUACGGCAAUAAAAUUAAUCAUUUUUUUGUGUUUUUUUAUUUAGUAUUUCAUUUUUUUACAUUUUGUACCAGUGAUUGUGUCGUGGCGUGCAACCUCUGACAGGACGACAUAGACAGACUAAGACAGAUAUUUGAAAAUAAUUCGAAAAGAAAUGGCACGAGGGCGUACGCGACCAGCGGCACGGCAGUACAUUUUUUGACUUCGAAAAAGACGAGAAAGAACGAAUUGACCGUUCUCUUCGACCGUUCAGAUUGGAUUCUUUGCAUUUUCAGCUCACGGCCCACCUGAUGUUAAGUGGUUACUGGAGCCCAGAUACAUUGACAACUUUUUACACAAGCUCAUUUGAUAUAUUUUUUUAAUGCCAAUACGCAUUUCAGACUCGUCACUAUGCCAAUAGAGGCGUUGCCGGCAGGUCGAGCGAUGGAGACGCCGAUGCACCCGAAGAGGGUAAGGGUGCUCGCGCCGAUAGUGGAAAUCCCAAGAUCAGAAAUGUGGGGAUCCGCUUCGUCCCCGGCCAGGAGGGACCAGGAGACGCCUCCGGUGCCAUCACCUGCCCUAAUGUGGGCCAAGUAGCGGGGCUAGCACGCCGACCACGGAGCGGCCUGCAAGUCUGGGUCACGUAUCGAAGAAAGCUCGACGUGAAUUAAUCCCUUCGUCCUCUUCGUCCUCUAGACCUCUUCGCGACGAAGAGAUUUUGGAACUGCUCAAUUACGGCAGCGAAGAAGAGUCGGAGGAAGAGAAGGUCGAGGAGACUAUGCAGCGGCCGCCGGUGCCGCACUCGACCAGGAUGUGGUUAGACGAAGAGGAUGAGGAAGUUGAAAGAGGUGAAGAGAGGAUCCCUUCUCUCCCGAGCGAUGACAUUAUAGAGCAUCCUCUUCGUCUAUCCACAUCCACCUCACCGACGGCUCUUUCGCCCUCUGUGGCGCUAGGGCCAACUAAUAAAUUUAUUUUUGAAUGGAGAACGGCGCCAACGCCUCCAAUCGAACCUGACUUAAGGCGAGAACCGUUCUCCCAAAUUAGUGGUCCAAAGGUUUCUUUUGCGACUCCGUAUGAUGCAUUCAUUGCCACAUGGGAUCGUAUAUAUAAGUCAAGAAAUUCGAAAAAAAGAGCGAACACAAAUCAUAAUGUUUAAUAAACACAUCUAUACUUAAUUAGCACCCGUGAGCGCACUUGUUAUUUUUUCACUAUUUUUAAGAUUUUUUUUUUGUUUUUUCUUCCAUACAUGUGGCUUUUUUCCUUGGAAUGAAUACCCGGUUUCAUGUAAAUCUUGAAUAAUUAAUUAUUAUACUACUUGCAAACAUAUAUUUUGCAAAAUCUUAGUUUUUACGAGACACUGUUUUUUGCACUAAUUUUGAGUGUCAUAUUUGAGACGUUCAUACUCAAGAUCUGUAAAAUAAAACAAAGUGUCGUUGCUUAAACUAGCUUGGCGAUACGCUUAAGUUAUUGUAAACAAAAAAUUAUUUGUCCCUGACGCCAAGAAUGUAAUAAAAACAAAUGAGUUAAGAGAGCCACUCGAGUGACAUUUGACGAGGGUCGUUUUUGUAUAAACACGUGUAGUUUAAAAAAAAAGUACUGAACAUGUGUCCAUUUGCCUUUUAUUGUAUCAUAUACAUUAGUUGCUUUAAUAAAUAUAGAAUAUUACAUCCA